AUGAAUAUUAAAAAGGGCGGAUAUAUAGAUCGGUUUCUUCAGCAGAGACUACAAUACUAUCAUAUGAAAUGGAGUCGUAGUAGUUUGAUCAUCUCUUUCGCCGUCAUUGCCGUUUUGUCUUUGGUUGCUUCCAUCAUUUCAUUUAAGAUAGCGAGUAAUGCGUACGAUCAUGUAAUCGUGUACGACGGAUGGGACUAUACCGAUUCUUCCUGUCACGUUGCUAAUGCCACUGAGGGGCGUGUUUGCAUGCUCAACUUCACGAUCACGAAGGACGUGUCUCUCCCCCUCAACGUAUACUACGAGCUCGACAAUUUCUACCAGAACCACCGCGAAUACAUCAAUUCCGUCGACUACGACCAGCUCGGCGGCGCCGACCUCGACGGCAAAACGCUCGAGUCGUCCUGCGGGAGCAAGACCUACGCGGACGCCGCUGCGACGAAGGUGCUGGUUCCCUGCGGGUACAUCGCGAACUCGUUCUUCAACGACGUGUUCACGCUCCGCACGCCCAAUCUCACCCUCAACGAGCACGAUAUCAGCUAUGCUCCCGAUCGCUCGCGGUUCAAGAACCCGCAGGGCUACGGCCAGCCCAGCACGACCCGCCAGUACAUCUACGAAACGUUCCCUCAAAUCCCGAAAGAUCGCUCCGAUGACCCCACAAAAUCCAACUUUUAUGGAGGUGGCGUCGAGGACGAACACUUCAUCGUGUGGAUGCGCCUUGCUGGAUUCCCUCGAUUCCGAAAGCUUUAUGGACGUCUGGAAGGAGGAGAGCUCCACAAGGGCGAUGUGGUGCAAUUCGAGGUGCAGAGCAACUUCGAGGUUUCCACGUUCAAGGGACGCAAGGCACUCGUGCUGGCCACGGAUAAUGGGCUGGGAGGGAAGAAUUAUGGCUUGGGAAUCGCAUUUGCGAUUUCGGCAGGACUGUCGUUUGUGUUGGUGUUGGGCAUAAUCAUUGCUGGAAUGACGUGUCCAAGUAUUCUUCCAGUAAAUGGAGGGAAAUUCGACUAAGGCUAAGACGACAGGAAGAGAUCAUUUUUCUUAUUAUUGUUUUACUCUGCUUUGUACGAAAGAGGGAUCAGUAGUUU